AUCUCGUACUUGUGUUAUCAGUAAACUUGCUCAGUUUGGGGACCAUGGCGAAGGAUCCAAAAGAUUUUUGGUUGGAAGGACUCGUACCAGCCGUUUUCACUCCCUUUGAUAAGAAUGGAGAACUUGAGUUAUCCAAAAUUGAGCCAUACUGUGAAUAUUUGUUGAAGAACAACAUUAAAGCUGUCUAUAUUAAUGGAACUACAGGAGAGGGGAAAUCUUUAACGAAACCCGAAAGGGAAAUUAUUCUUGAAAAAUGGAUUAAAGUUUCGAAAGGAAGAUUGAAAAUUGUUGCUCAUGUUGGUGUUCUGAACGUUCGAGAAAGCAAGGAACUGGCAAAGCAUGCUGAUGAAUCCGGGGCUGACGCCAUAGCAACACUUCCGCCAUUGUUUUUUAAACCUCAAAGUACAGACACUUUGAUAGAACAUUGCAAGGCUAUAGCGGAUGUGGCUCCACAUUUGCCGUUCUAUUACUACCACUUACCCAGUAUGACAGGAGUUGAGUUUAACAUGGAGGACUUUAUGAGUAAAGCCCAAGGAGUGAUACCAAAUUUAGUUGGAAUAAAGUUUUCUUCGAAAGAUUUGGUGGACAUGAUAGGCUGUGUGUUUAAAGGGAAGGUGAACGUUCUGUAUGGCUGUGACGAGCAACUUUUGGCUGGAUUAGUAACGGGAGCCCAUGGUGCCGUAGGCAGCACCCAUAACUUUAUGCCACUGGUGUUCCAAAGAAUGAUAGAGAAUGUUAAAAACGGGGAAUUACAAAAGGCCCGGGAAGAACAGAUGUGUGGCCAAAGGCUUUGUAGAAUCAUGUAUAAAUAUGGCGCUUUGUUAGGAGGAAAUGUAGCAGCACUGAAAUCGUUCAUGCCACUCGUAGGGCUUGAUUUGGGGCCACCACGCGAACCGAUGAGAGCCAUGACUGGAGACGAGAAGAAACAGUUUGAGAAAGAAGUGAAGAAUUUAGGUUUCUUCUCCUGGAGUGCUGCAGUUACUUCAUGAUCCAUAUUGUAUUAAUAAUACACACAAUUACAUUAACCUAAGCUCGGGGAUAAAGUAUUUAAAUUUGUUA